AUGAGUCUUGCCAGUGACAGCGGCCACGAGGCGCCGCAACAUUCGCCGACCCCGGCGCAUAUGGCUACCACAACCCUCAAAGUCGAUGGCAUGACUUGUGGUGCAUGCACCUCCGCAAUAGAGUCAGGGUUCAAGGACGUUGAAGGUGCCGGUGCUGUAUCGGUCAGCUUAAUGAUGGGAAGAGCCGUGGUACAUCAUGAUCCGAAGAAGUUGUCUCCCGAGCAGAUCGCAGAGAUCAUUGAGGAUCGUGGGUUCGAUGCCGAAGUUCUAUCUACAGAUAUGCCCAAACCUCCCACUCUGUCGAUUUCGACUGGAGUAUCCAGCUCAGAGUCCCAGCUCACCACCACAACGAUAUCCAUACAAGGAAUGACUUGCGGGGCAUGCACUUCGGCUGUUGAGGCCGGCUUCAAGAAUGUCCCGGGCGUGAAAAGCAUGAGUGUUUCCCUUCUGGCGGAGCGUGCCAUCGUCCAGCAUGACGCAAAUAUCAUCAAUGCCGAUGCACUGGCCGAGAUCAUUGAAGACCGAGGCUUUGAUGCCACCGUGAUUGACUCAAAAACUCAAGACACUCUUAGGCCCACAGCUGGGAAUGCAGAGGCCAACGACCAGUCGCAGACGUGGACUACCACUGUUGCUAUUGAGGGCAUGACUUGCGGUGCUUGCACCUCUUCUGUCGAAGGCGCUUUCAAAACCGUUCCUGGUCUGGUCAAGUUCAACAUAAGCCUUCUCGCAGAACGAGCAGUCAUUUCUCAUGAUCCCGUCACCCUUCCUUCCGAGAAGAUCGUCGAACUCAUUGAAGAUGCCGGUUUCGAUGCUAAGAUUGUGUCCUCGCAAGCUGAGACCAAUCUACAGAGCUCAAACUACAUUUCCCAGCAACUCAAGAUUUAUGGCUUACCAGACGGACAAACUGCCACUGAGCUCGAAAACAUCCUGAGAUCAAAACCAGGAGUCAAAAGUGCGGUGAUCAGUCUUUCCACGUCGCGCGCCACCAUCACCUAUGAUCCUACCGUUGCCGGUCUUCGAAUGAUUGUCGCGGUCAUUGAGGACGCUGGAUUCAAUGCCCUAGUUGCAGAAAUGGAAGACAAUAAUGCUCAGCUGGAAUCUCUCGCCAAAACAAAAGAAAUCCAGGAAUGGAAGAGAGCAUUUCUUACAUCCCUGAGCUGUGCCAUUCCCGUGCUCUUGAUCAGCAUGAUUAUACCUAUGUUCUUCCCAUCGAUCAAUUUUGGAGGCAUUGAGAUUAUUCCAGGCCUUCUUUUGGGUGACGUGAUCUGCUUCGCCCUGACACUUCCUGUACAGUUCGGCAUUGGAAAGCGUUUCUAUGUUUCAGCGUUCAAAAGUUUGAAGCACAGGUCGCCAACCAUGGACGUGCUGAUUGUCUUGGGUACCUCGACGGCAUUUUUCUUCAGUUGUUUUGCCGUCAUUGUGGCAGUCUUAAUCCCCCCUCACAAUAAACCUAGCACUAUCUUCGACACUAGCACCAUGCUCAUCACAUUCAUUACUCUCGGACGAUGGCUCGAAAAUCGAGCCAAGGGGCAGACCUCCAGAGCUCUAUCACAGUUGAUGUCUCUGGCUCCAAGCAUGGCAACCAUAUAUGAGGACCCUCUAUACGCCGAGAAGCUUGCCGAUGCCUGGACAGCUCCAUCGUCUCCUGUGCUCGAGAAAACGCCAACCAACGAUUUGAGGAGAGUUCCAUCAGGUCCCGGCCCAUCAGGCUCUUCCGGUCCCUCCGCGAUAGAAAAGACCAUCCCAACCGAAUUGAUCGAGGUCGGAGAUGUUGUCAUCCUUCGACCUGGGGACAAGAUACCCGCUGAUGGAGUCGUUACCCGUGGAGAGAGUUUUGUGGACGAAAGCAUGGUCACUGGUGAACCCAUGCCUAUACAGAAAAAGAAGGGUAGCACACUCAUUGCGGGUACCGUCAAUGGCGCCGGCAAGAUUGACUUCAAAGUCACACGUGCGGGAAAGGAUACACAACUGAGCCAAAUUGUCAAUCUUGUCCAAGAGGCCCAGACGAGCCGAGCACCUAUCCAGCGCAUGGCCGAUCUUGUUGCUGGUUACUUUGUACCCGUCAUCAUUCUUCUCGGAUUGAUCACCUUUGUUGGCUGGAUGAUCUUGAGCCACGUCCUGCCCAACCCUCCCAAAAUCUUUACAGAUCAACAGAAUGGCGGCAAGUUCAUGGUCUGCCUAAAGCUUUGCAUCUCAGUCAUUGUCUUCGCUUGCCCUUGUGCCCUUGGAUUAGCAACCCCAACGGCAGUCAUGGUGGGAACUGGGACAGCUUCGCAACUGGGAAUUUUAGUCAAAGGAGGUGCCGCUCUUGAGACGGCAACCCGCGUCACGCAUAUCAUCCUGGACAAGACCGGUACUCUGACUUUUGGGAAGCUCAAUGUUGCCGAUAGCAGCUAUGCAGCUCUCUGGAGCUCCAACGAAUGGCGUCAGAAGCUGUGGUGGACACUCGUUGGUCUCGCUGAGACAGGGUCUGAACACCCCAUUGCGAAAUCCAUUGUUCUAGCUGCCAGGGAGAAACUCGGCCUCGAAGCAGAGGAAGGAUUCCCCGGCCAGGUUGGCACCUUUGGUGUCACCGUAGGUCAGGGAGUAUCCGCCAUCAUCGAGCUCAACAAUCCAGGGGACGAAACUAAAUACAAAGUCUAUGUCGGCAACUCUACGUUUUUGGCCAACAAGAAGAUCGACAUCCCGGCAGAUGUUGAGAGCUCGAUCAAUGCAGCUCUGUCUCCCACAACCCGAAGGAAAUCGAAGACCGGAAUAACAACUAUCUAUGUCGCGAUUAACGGACAAUAUGCUGGGUAUAUCGGCCUCUCUGACACGCUCAAACCUACUGCCCCUGCUGCUAUUACCGCCUUGCACAAGAUGGGUAUUUCUACCAGCCUCGUCACUGGAGACACAUAUAACACAGCACUUUCCAUUGCUGAAUUAGUGGGGAUCCCUCGAGAAUGCAUCCGUGCAUCUGUUUCUCCAGGUGAAAAGCAGUCCAUCGUCUCAGAGCUGCAGUCUCAAGGGGAAAUUGUCGCUAUGGUUGGGGAUGGGAUCAACGACUCCCCGGCUCUUGCAACCGCCAAUGUCGGUAUGGGUCUCGUUUCUGGGAGCGACAUCGCAGUCGAGGCCGCAGACAUUGUGAUAAUGCGCUCGGAUGAUCUUCUCAAUAUCCCGACUGCUCUUCAUUUGUGCCGUGUCAUUUUCCGACGGAUCAAGAUCAAUCUGAUAUGGGCCUGUGCGUACAACGUUAUCGGACUACCAUUUGCAAUGGGUAUUUUCUUACCGCUCGGCUACCAUAUGCCCCCUUUGAUGAGCGCCACGGCGAUGAUGUUCAGCAGCAUUUCUGUCACGCUGAGCUCGUUGGCGCUGCGGUGGGUCGGCAGGCCCAAGUGGCUCAGUGUCGAAGCUCUGAAGAUGGAAGGAGACAGAUACAGUGCGCCCGUGAUCGGAGCGAAGAGGAGAAAGAAGCUGAUGAAUGACGGCGGCUGGAUGGUCAGAGUCCAAGGCGUUGCCGAGUCCAUGUUCGAGAGACUCGAGGGAGUGGCGACGCGGAGAAGAGCACAAGGGAGAGAACGGGGCAACUAUGUCCCGUUGCAGACAGUCGAGGGUGAUGCCGUGUAA